UAAUAGAUAAACAAUUUUAAUUAAUUAUAAAUAAAUUUUGUAUUGAAUUUUAGUGAUAAAUAUAUAAUUACGGUUUUAUAUUGAAAUAAUAUUUGAGGUUAGUUUUUAUAUAAAAUGUCAGUGGAACAUCCGGAGUAUCGUUUGGGUGCUGAUCCAAAAAUUAAUUAUCCAAUUAAAGUACAAUAUUGUGGUAAUUGUACUCUUCCAAUUGAGUACUGUGAAUAUUAUCCAGAAUAUGAAAAAUGUAAACAAUGGCUAGAACGUAAUUUACCAACUGAAUUUGAAAAAGUUAAACUUGGUGAAGAUGGUAAUGAAACUGGUACUGGUGAAGAUGAAAAAAAACGUCAAAAACGUGGUGGUAAAGGUAUGCUUAAAGCUAAAAAAAAAGAAGAUGUACCAAAACUUGUAACAGUAUCAAGAGCACCAAGAGGAAAAAAAAAAUCAGUAACUGUUGUUACUGGUCUCAGUACAUUUGAUAUUGAUUUAAAAGUUGCAGCUAAAUUUUUUGGUAGUAAAUUUGCAUGUGGUUCAAGUGUAACUGGUGAAGAUGAAAUAGUCAUUCAAGGUGAUGUCAAGGAUGAUUUAUUUGAUGUCAUUCCUGACAAAUGGCCUCAGAUUGAUGAAGAUUCCAUUGAUGAUCUUGGUGAUCAAAAAAGAUAAUAAAUUGAUUUUUAAUAACUAAUUAAUAUUCAAAAUAAAUAAAAAAAUUUAAUUAUGAAA